CCCCGCACAACCUCGCCGCACGUCGCAGCGCCUGCGCCUCUGCCUUUCCGAAAUCGCCGCGCUCCCGCGCCUCUUGUACCAUCCUUUCACUCCGCAGCAUCGCAACCAUGAACAACGCGGGCCACAAGCGCGGCCGCGACGGUGGUGCCCACGACCACUCCGCCAACCACCACUCGGCGAAGAAGCACAAGGGCGGAGGGAAGCACAGCCAGAACGGCAAGGCCGGGCAAGCUCAGCACCAGCAGCAGACGGAGUCGGCGACAGAGAAGGGCGACAGCAGCGCAACGCCAAUUCCGUACGACAAGUACUUUGAAAGCUCGCCCCCACCGCUCCCACCCGUCCUCGACCCCGCGCUCGAAACCCAAGUCUUCACGCACAGCAGCACGGUGCCCGACAACCCGUCCAUGGCACUGCAGUCGUACGAGCGGCUCGAAUGGCUCGGCGACGCGUACAUCGAGACCGCAGCCACCAAAGCCAUCUUCACGCGCUUCCCCACCCUCCCCGUAGGCACCAUGUCCGCGCUGCGCGAGUCACUAGUCCGCAACGCAACGCUCUGCGCGCUGAGCAAGCUGUACGGCUUCCCCUCGCGCGUGGCCUUCAACUCGGCGGCCCAGCGCGCCGCCCUCGUCGCCACGGACAAGUGGGCCAAGAUCUGCGGCGACGUCUUCGAGGCGUACGUCGCGGCAGUCGUGCUCUCGCACGGCACGACGCAAGGCGGCCCCCUGAUCGAGGCCUGGCUGGAGGCGCUGUGGGAGCCCGUCUUCAAGGCUUUCGUGCCACCGAAGCCCCGCUCCAAUGCCGCGGCCCGCUUGAACACGUUCCUGGGCGGCCAGCGCAUGAAGGUCUCGUAUCAGCCGUACAAGCCCAUGGAUACCAAGUAUGGCCCUGGCCGCCAGUGCUGCUAUCUCGCCGCCAUCAUGGAGGGCUGGGGCUUCCCGCCCACGGAGAUCGGCCGCGGCGAGGGCGGCAGUAUGGCCAAGGCCCGCGAGGCGGCGUGUGAGGAUGCGUUGGGGAACGGGAACCGGGUCGUCAAGAUUGCGCGCGAGCGCAAGGUCAGGUUUGACGAGGCGAAGGCGGGCGGCGCUUCGGCUGAGGAGCUGGAGGAACUGCGCAAGAGCUGGGCCGACGCGAGCUAGGUGGCGGCGGUGGUGGGAUGGUUACACGGGCAAAAAACGGAUGGGGGGCAGACGUCUUCGCUAUAUGGGUAGCGAUCUUUUUCGCGGCGCGGGCGCUCGAAGAAGUCGGCGGGGGGGAAGCACGGCGUGCCUGCAGGGCAACGGCACGAAGCUCCCUCCCUUACCGCGCAAAAAAAAGACGGCACAUAUCAGACAGGGCUUAGGAGACGGUGCCCAGACAGUGCAGUAGAUAGAAGCCAUGCAGCGGAGCACUGGUAAGUUUUGCUAGUUUUUUUUUUCCCCUUCUUCCCCUUUUUUCUCUAAUACGCAUGGCUGCCCUAUGGGUCCAGCCGGACGGUGGGUGUACCUAACGAAUAGAAGAGACAGGCAUAU